AUGCAUACCACCACCACCUUCAUCACUCUGGCCCUCGCCGCCCUUUCUGCCGCCAAAACCGACAUUGGCGGCUGCACGUCCUCCGCCACCACCAACCAAUGGGGCGAAGCAUCCAUGAUCUGGUGGGUCCCCGGCACCGGCGAAAUCUGCGAGUUCCUUGACUGCGGCGGCGGUCGCGCUCCUCCCAAGACCAACGUUCCCGGAUGCGCGGCAUACAAGGGCACCGAGACCUACAAGCCCAGCUACAUGCCCGGCUGGGGCCCCGACGGCCAGAUUGCGACGCCCAAGUCUACGCCCGUGGAAGUCGAGACGCCCGAGCAAACUCCCGCGUACGGUGAGGAAAGCCAGAAGCCCGGUGCCGGAUAUGGAAACGGUUACCCUGCUGAGAGCAGUGCGCCGACUGCGGGCCAGAGCAGCGAGUAUCCCGCCGUGACCUCCGCGCCGGCCUACCUGCCUACCAUCACGAAGCCGGUUACUCUCAUCACUGCUACGGGUAGUGGCUAUCCUGCUGCCAAUGGUACGGCUAGCUACAAGCCGGCGGAGCCUAGCACUUCGAUUGUGGAGGGAACUGGUGCUGGAAGUGUCGUCGGUGUCCAGAUGGGCGUGAUGGCGCUUGUUGGUGCUGCUGCGGGUUUGAUGGUCUUGUAG